AUGGCGAAAAGGACAGGACGCCUCAGACACCAGCUGCCACACUGCUAUUAUGAAGGCUACUUGGAGAAAAGAUCCUUUAAAGAUAAGACAUCGCAAAGGCUGUGGACUUGUUUAUGUGGAAACUCGUUAUUCUUCUUCAAUGACAAACGGGACUCCGACUACAUAGAGAAAGUUGAACUGAGUGAUUUUGUCUCAUUGACGGACGACUGCAGCCUCGACCGCAACUUGGACGCAGCCAAAAUGUCUCUGCAGCUAAAACAGGAAAACAUCAACAUAACUGCUCCUAAUGCUGAGGCCCGGGAGCUUUGGAAAGGCUUCAUCCAGUCCAUCGCUCAGUUGUCAGUUCCUUCGUCUCUCAACCUUCUCCCCGGACAGAUCCACAUCCUCAAAGAGGCGGUGGACAAGGAGAAGAUGAGAUUAGAAAACGCCACAUCAGCUGCUGUUGCGACUGACUGCAACUCCAGCCCAUAUGUGAGCCCCUUAGCGGAUCUGCCUGUCUGCUAUUACAAAGUAAAUCGUCUGGAGGCCGAGCUGCUGCUGGAGAAAGAGUUGUUGAGAGGAAACCUGCUGCUCAGACCCAGUGGAAACGCAGCCUUCGCCGUCACCACCAGACAAGUCCUGGAAGAUCCAGAGUUUAAACACUACCGCGUGACUCGAAGGCCUGAAGGCGGCUUUGCAAUCGAUGUUGAAGACCCAAUUCUUUGUGCAACGCUGCACGACGUGAUCAACUUUUUUAUUCACAAAACAGAAGGUUUAUUGACUCCACUCGUCCUGGAAAAAACAUACGAGAGGAGAAUCUCAUUUAUCCAGUCAGAUAAUGAAAACGGGGAAAGGAGCAUCCAGCGCCCCUCGUCAAGUCCACUACCUCCUAAUGUUCCUCCAAAGCCAGUACAAGUCCCCACACCGGAGCCAGAGUCUGUAAUUGAAGAGUGCAUUUACCUGAAUGAUGCCCAGCUUGAGGAAGAAGAAAAGACUGAAAAUAUCUUCACCACUCCCCCAGUACCAGUCACAGAUGCCAUCAGGCCUUCAAAGAAAGCCAUAAUGCCUCCUGUCCCUGCCCCGCGAAGAUUAUCCUCCUCACCUUCAUUAACCCAAAAUCCACCUGUAGCCCUCACUGUUCCCACAGAGCCUCUUACGGCCAGCCGGGUCAGAUGCAACACCAACCCACUCGGAGAAACUAUAUCUGAGCUCAAGUCGAUACUGGAGAGAAAGGCCAAGUAUUUGGAGUGA